AUGCUUUCCAUACGCCAAGCUCUUGUUCUCCUGGCUGCCACUGCGUUCGGGUCGGUAAAUGCUGCGAUGGGACCGGCUUUCAGCACUGGGCCUGUAUCCUCUGAUUCCUUUAUUACCGAGUCGGUUUCCACACUGGUUCUUCCCCGAGCUCCCAGUGACAAUGAAGGCGAUCUUUCCCUGUGGAUCGGAAUGGGCACCUCAGACGGCGACCUGAUCCAAUCCAUCAUCGACAACUGGCAAUCCAGCUCUUGGGAUGUGUUCGCUUAUACGUUGAAGAAGACAGGUGAUGAUUCCCAGGAGGUCCUCCAAGGACCAAGUUCUAUGGCCACCCCGGGAAAUCGAGUAACUGUACAUUACAAAUUUGAUGAAACAACUGGAAACUACACCCAAAACGUGCUCGUCAAAGGCGUAUCCGUCUCCACCCUGUCAACCAGUGAUGGCGAGGCCCAAGGUUGGGGCACUGCCGUAGAGUGCGCAACCACGGACUGUGGAACUGUUGAUGCUCACACUUGGAUCAACACCAAGAUCACACUCUCUGUUGCGGAUCCUGAUUACAUCGAUACUCUUGCCAUGGGCGAUGGUGUUACUGGUAACAUGACCACACCCGAUGGAGGCAAGACUUGGGUUGUCCCUCGUAUUGACAUUCCUCGAUACACAUUCACCAAUUGA